ACCAUCCGGGGUUGGACCCUUGUCUCGCGCACUUCACCGCGGGGGAAAGGGAGAGGGAGGGGGUCACUUUCUUCACCCAGCAGGGGGCCAGGAGGGAGGGAGUGAGGAGGCAUGGGGAGGCCGCCGUGCUGCGAGAAGGCCGGGGUGAAGAAGGGGCCGUGGACGCCGGAGGAGGACCUCGUGCUCGUCUCCUACGUGCAGGAGCACGGCCCCGGCAACUGGCGCGCCGUGCCCACCAACACCGGGCUGAUGCGCUGCAGCAAGAGCUGCCGGCUCCGCUGGACCAACUACCUCCGCCCGGGCAUCAAGCGCGGCAACUUCAGCGUCAAGGAGGAGAAGCUCAUCAUCCACCUCCAGGCGCUGCUCGGCAACAGGUGGGCGGCGAUUGCGUCGUACCUCCCGGACCGGACGGACAACGACAUCAAGAACUACUGGAACACCCACCUCAAGAAGAAGCUCGCCACGAUGGGCGCCGACGGCGCCGGCGCCGGCGGCGCCGAGGCGAGGAGCGGCAGGGCGGCCGCGCCCAAGGGGCAGUGGGAGCGCCGCCUGCAGACGGACAUCCACACCGCGCGCCAGGCGCUCCGUGAGGCCCUGUCCCUUGACCCCGUCAAGCUGCCGCCCGCCAAGACGGAGCCGCUGCCGCAGCCGGCGCCGGCGCAGCCCAGCCAGGCGGCGUACGCGUCCAGCGCCGAGAACAUCGCGCGCCUGCUGGAGGGCUGGAUGCGCCCCGGCACCGGCAGCGCCGGGACGAAGGCGCCCUCCGGCUCCAGGUCGUCCGCGUCGGCCGUCUCCGGCGGCGAGGGCGCGUCGGCGAGCCACAGCGGCACGGCGCGCACGCCUGAGGGGUCCACUGGGACCAGCAAGGCGGAGGAUGCGGGCCCGAUGCCGGCCUUCUCGAUGCUGGAGAGCUGGCUGCUCGACGACGGCAUGGGGCACGGCGACGCGGGGCUCAUGGGCGUGCCGCUCGCCGACCCGUGCGAGUUCUUUUAGGACAAAAAUAAAUGGACAGCAUAAUAAAAGUAACUAGGCUGGAAGAAGAAGAAAAAAAAAACAAAGAAAGAAGCCAGGAACUCGACUCCCUGGUAAUCUAGAUCGACGCAGCGCAAAGCAGCUAGCUAGUGUUGAUCUAGUUUACCUGGCUAAUCCAGUUCCUGGCUUCUUUUUUUUUAGGUUUUUGGUCUUAGGGUUUGGAACUGAUCGUGUUUUAUGUAACUAUGCAGUAAGUCUGUACUAAUCCAUGGGUAACUGGUUGGAUUAAUGGAGCUGUAAUAGUUAUAGUAGUAUUAGUAGUUAGUCAGCCUGUCAGGUGAUGAUGGUCCAUGAUGAUGUGCAUGACAAACCAAAGAAUUGUACAUCUAUAAGAAUAAUAAUAGUCCCUAUAAAACUUAAAUGCCAUUA